GGCGACAGUCUCGCCGCCGCGGGACACAGGAACGGACGGACGCACGGACCCGCCAAGGGAACCCCCCAGGGCCAUGACGGAGCGCGCGGGCCGCCGCUGUUGCCUGGGCUGGGACUUCAGCACGCAGCAGGUUAAAAUUGUUGCUGUUGAUGCAGAGUUGAAUGUCUUCUAUGAGGACAGUGUGCAUUUUGACAGAGACCUUCCUGAAUUUGGAACUCAGGGCGGUGUUCAUGUACACAAGGACAGGCUGACGGUCACCUCUCCAGUCCUGAUGUGGGUCCAGGCUCUGGACCUGAUCCUAGAGAAGAUGAAGGCUUCGGGCUUUGACUUCUCUCAAGUUGUAGCCUUAUCUGGAGCAGGCCAGCAACACGGGAGCGUUUACUGGAAGACUGGAGCCAGCCUGGCGCUGUCGAGCCUGUCACCAGCUCUCCCGUUACACCAGCAGCUGCAGACCUGCUUCUCCAUCAGCGACUGCCCAGUAUGGAUGGACUCCAGUACCACAGCCCAGUGCCGCCAGCUGGAGGCUGCGGUGGGCGGAGCCCGGGCUCUCAGCUGCCUCACAGGGUCUCGGGCCUAUGAGCGCUUUACAGGCAACCAGAUAGCAAAGCUCUUCCAGCAAAACCCCGAGGCCUACUCGCACUCCGAGAGGAUUUCCUUGGUCAGUAGUUUUGCUGCUUCGCUGUUCCUGGGUGGGUACUCGCCCAUCGACUACAGUGAUGGUUCUGGAAUGAAUUUGUUGCAGAUCCAGGAAAAAGUCUGGUCCCAAGCUUGCCUUGGUGCCUGUGCCCCCUGUUUGGAGGAGAAACUCGGCUCACCAGUCCCUUCGUGCUCAGUUGUGGGAGCCAUUUCUUCCUACUAUGUCCAGCGCUAUGGAUUCCCUCCGGCCUGCAAAGUGGUGGCCUUCACUGGGGACAACCCAGCAUCGCUGGCGGGCAUGAGGCUGGAGGAAGGUGACAUUGCGGUCAGCCUGGGCACCAGCGACACCCUAUUUCUCUGGCUCCAAGAGCCCACGCCUGCCCUGGAAGGCCACAUCUUCUGCAACCCUGUGGAUGUACAACACUACAUGGCACUUCUGUGCUUUAAGAAUGGCUCCCUUAUGAGAGAGAGGAUCCGGGAUGAGUCUGCUUCCGGUUCCUGGAACAAGUUCUCUAAAGCCCUGCAGUCCACAGAGAUGGGGAACAAGGGCAACUUGGGUUUCUAUUUCGAUGUAAUGGAGAUCACGCCUGGAAUUAUGGGACGUCAUAGGUUUAACGCAAAAAACAUUGAGGUCUCAGCAUUCCCUGGGGAUGUGGAGAUUCGGGCACUGAUCGAAGGACAGUUCAUGGCCAAAAGAAUCCACGCAGAAGGGCUAGGCUAUCGAGUCAUGCCCCAAACAAAGAUUCUGGCCACAGGGGGAGCAUCUCACAAUAAAGACAUCUUACAGGUGCUCGCAGAUGUUUUUGGAGCCCCCGUGUAUGUCAUAGACACCACCAGUUCAGCCUGUGUGGGCUCUGCAUACCGAGCUUUUCAUGGCCUUGCAGGAGGGACAGGUGUGGCCUUUUCAGAGGUUGUGAAGUCAGCGCCUCAUCCCAGCCUGGCUGCCACCCCCAACCCUGGAGCUUCCCAGGUCUAUGAGGCCCUUCUUCCUCGGUACGCUCAACUUGAACAGAGAAUCUUGUCUCAGGCCCUGGGACCUCUGGAAUGACUGUGUGUCCUCGCAGCCUGCUGCCUCCCACCUACCCAGACUUCCCACUUGUCCUCUUGCCUGUACUGACUCAGUGGCACGCUCUUGUCCUGUCCUGGAUCAUUCCGAAGCUGGCCAGGACUCCCUGGAGACAUGUGGUUGCCCAUGUCCCGGAGUGGGACUCCGCCAUGUCCCGGGUGGGACUGCGCCAUGUCCCGGGUGGGACUGCACCUCUCCUUUCUGUCUUUCAGGAGGCAGGAAAACAGUGUAGGGUGUGGCCAUCAAAGAUGCUCACACACACCCCUUCCGAAAUCAGAAAGAAAGCUCUCUUUCAGGACCAAACUCAGCAGAAUAGGGAACAGCCUUCUUCCUGGAUGGCUACAUCUCCUUGGUCCUCGCCUUUAGCCACCUCAGCCCACACUGGGACCACUCCUUCCAGCCUUCCCUGCAAACCAGAUUCUGGAGCCACCACGUCACCCUCCCAGCUGUCUCCACCCUCCUGUUUCUUUAGGUGCCUCGGGUCACCCGGCUGGGCCAUCGCCCAGGCUAAACACUUUAGGGUUUGCCCUGUUUCGUCGUAAUUCACACAAUGGCAAAAUUGUGUGUUUCUUGGAGAAAUUCUGGAUUUUUUUUUCUUGAGGCAAGGUCUCCUGCAGCCUGGCCACCCUCAAACUUUCUUUGCAGCUGAGGGUGACCUUAAACUUGUGAUCUUUCUGCCACUAUCUGCCAAGUGCUGGGAUUAAAGGCAUGUGCCACCACACCUGGUUUAUGUAGUGCGGGGGAUCCCAUGGCCCCUGCGUGCUGGGCGAACACUCUGCUAGCUGAGCCACACCCCCAGCCUGAAUUUCCUUUUUAUUUGUUCUCAUGUCCACAUAUUCUAUUAUAUUUGUCCGGAUGCUGAGUCCUCCCUCCUUCCUCUUCACUCCUUUUUAGACUUCCCUGCUCCUUGCUCAGAUAAGCCCCUUGUGACCUCACUCCUGUGACAAUCCCAGGGUUUUCCUCUGCCACAUGGCUACACAGAACUCAGAACACAGUGGUGAGAUGUUGCAGACAGGUACGAGAUCACGUGGUCAGAGAGCAGUGACUGCUGGGAAGUCUGAAGGACAGAGCAUAAACUUGAAGCUGCAGGCGGCCAUCAUCGGCACAGCAAACCCAAGCUGGAGGAGACCCUGCCGAGCCUCUUAUUAAGAGUUGUAAACCCUGAGCAACAGCAUCUGGGACCACAAAACAGUAAACUAAGAUGACAUUCCGACAUAGAUCGUCCUUACAAUAAAUCAGACAAUCGUGGAAGAAGAAAAAGACGCCAUGGGUGACAAAAACAAAUCCAAAUGCAAACGCAGCAAGCUUAUGGGGGAAGAGAGUGACCAGACAGAAGAACAGUGUCAUGACAGGUUUAGAGACUGGGCUGCAGCGUGUGGAAGAGGAGGCAGAUACGGCAGGAAAUCAGUGAAAAACACAACAUUAGUGCUCCAGCAACAAAAGACAAGAUUCCUGUUGCUAAUUGAAACUACCCAAAAUAAAACACCUAAUAUUGAAAACACCUAAAACCAACCUCUGCUUCUUCCCUCCCUCCCUCCCUCCCUCCCUUCCUCUCAUCAACCUCUCUUUCUCCCUCCCUCCCCACCCCUUUUUACCAGUGUUGGGACUUGAAUCUGUCACCCUGAAGGUGCUGGGCCAGCCCUUUCUUACUGAGGUGCACCACCAGCUCCACCAACUCUAUCUUAAGACUCCACCUUGUAAUUCAGAAGUGUUCUAGCAGUGGUCUGGGAUUUUUAUAUCAAUGACCCAGUAUCAAAAAGGCUUUCUUAGAACAUAAAACAAUCAACUGAGGGGGUGGGGGUGCCAGAGAGAUGGUUCAGAGAUUACACUGGCUGUUCUUCUAGAGGACCUGGGUUCGAUCCCUAGCAUCCACACCCAGCCCCAAGGGAUCUGAUGGGCUCUUCUGGCCUCUUCCAUACUCCAUGUGAUGCACAGACA